AUGUCCAACAGCCCUACACAACCCACCACUCAGCGCAAUACGAGGCCGCCGCGUGCUCGCAACGUCAACAUCAACAACGACGCUUAUGCCCAGAACACUCAAUCAGACUCCGGCCUUCCCUCGCAAGCGACGACUCCAAAGCCGAAGAAGACCAGGCCUAGGCAGAACGACCACCGUGCUGCUUCCAACAGCGACGUGCCGAACUCGACCAACCAACGCACCAAGCCGUCACGCAAGUCGCCGACCGCUACUCCUGCGAAACCUGCCGCCUAUGCCGGUCCCACCUUCCAUGCUUCCCCUGCGGCUUCCAACUUGCCCAUGCCCAAGUUCGCAUCCAAGUCUGUACCGCCAGCUACGACCAACAACUCGCUCCAAGCCAAAUUCGACGCCGAGUCCACGAAGCUCAAUGCUCCUUCGCCGUCUUUCGAUGCUGCUGUUCCGGCUCCCUUGUCAAGAGAAAGAUCUCCACUCGACAUAUUCUUCAAUGCCGAUAGGCAAGAGCGUGCCCACAAGAGCUCAUCCCCUCUAGCUCAGAGACGUACUACCCCGCCGGAAGCAAAAGGCAUGUUCAAGCUGGAUAUUGACCCCUCUAGCAGCCCAGCUGCCUCUCAAAACCAGGCCGAAGCCGAUAAACAGGCUUACACGCAGUCGCUCAAGAACCUUCUGAAUCUGCAGCCUUCUACUACUUCUCCUGCUCAGCCCCGCGCUCAGCCAAACCCUGUCUUCCAGACUCCCCAGCAGCAGCGUACUCUUGACGCUGAUCCUUCCCUUCAUUACGGAAACCGCAGUUUGACACCGCUCUUCCAUGCUGCUCGCAACCCAUCGUCACCUCAGCCCACCGCUGAUCUUACUCCUAAGCGUAAUCCUUCUGCUCAUGCACAGCAGCCUUUCGACCCUCGUGCCUACCUCGAGUCUCAAUCGCCAUUCAUUUCUCGUCCCCACAAUGCUUCUGCUUCGCCCCAGCAGCAUUAUCAGCAGCAGCCUUAUCACAGCCCCGCACAAUUUAUCGGCGCUCAUCGACCGCAGCCACCUCCCCCUCAGCGUCCAUCACAACCUGAUCAUUCACCCGACGUCAAGGGUAUGGAGGCCAAGCUUCGCGGUAUGCUGAAGCUUACCUAA